GGGGUUUGCUUUUGCUCGUCAUUUUUUUCCAGUUUCCCCAACUCCUCUCCUGCAAAUUCCGUUAUCGGGUUACUUCCGCGAGCUGAACAAAAGUCAUUGGAGAAUACAAUAGCCUUAGAAGUGCACGAUGAGGACGCGAAACGGGGAUACUGCUAAACCGGCGACAACGCCUAAACGAACUCCGGCGAGCAGAAAAACUGCCGCCAAAAACACUUCUGUGACGACGCCUGAUGCUGCAGUGGAAUCGGUAGCUCCGAAAGCUUCUGAACCGGAACCCGGCUUGCCAGGUAAAUCCGAGCAGACCAUGGACGAAGAUAAACCACCUUCUCCAACUGCCGUUCCUGAUUCGGAACCGGAUCAAUCAGCAGUUGAAGAAGCUCAAGUAUCAAACAAUACAGACAUUGUCAUGAUGGAUGCAAAAACUAUUCCGCGGACAAGAAGGGUAGUGAAGAAAGUUGUGAAGAUGGUGAAGAAAAAACAGUUGAAGGUGGGUACACCUCGUACUCCGAAAGAGGACAGUGUUGAGCAAGCGGUAGAAAACGUUAUGGGUGAGACUGGAGAAAAAAACACAGAAGUCCCAAAAGAAGAUAAUGUUGAGCAAUCAGUGGAACCAGUUAAGACUGAGAUUGAAGAAGAAAGCUCUAACCUUCAGAAAGAAGAUAGUGUUGAGAUGGCAGCAGAACCAGCUAAGAUAGAGACUAUAGAAGAAAGCUCUGAAGUCCUGAAAGAAGAUUGUGCUGAGAUGGCAGCAGAACCAGUUAAGGUGGAGACUGAAGAAGAGGGCACCAGAGUCCGAGAAGAAGAUAGUGGUGAGAAGGCAGAAGAGGCGUUUAAUGCUGUGACUGAAGAAAGCACGAAAGUGGUGACGGUUGGGCUGAAGGAUGUUGACUCUUGUAAUAAAGAGGAAUCUGAUUGUAUAAAUGUGGAAAAUUCCUCUGAGAUGGAACAAACUGCAGUGAAAUCUCUAGUGAAAGGGGAGGACAAUGUAGGUGAAGUGGAAGAACUUGUUAUUAGGUCUGCAGAGGAUUCUCAUCCUUCUGCUGAUUCUCUUGACGGAUCUAUUGAGAAAGCAGAAAAGUCUGUUGAAUUCGACUUGUCUGCUACAUUUCCAGCCAAUAACGAGGGAAAAGAAGAAUUGGGUAAAGAUGUGAAGGAGGUCCCAAAGGAGAAUCUGGGAGGAAGUGUUAAUGACAAGGAGCAAUGUAAAGCUGAUAGUCUUAACCCAGAAGGAAGUAAGGAGAAUAAGAUUGAAGGAGGAAAUACUCCAUCAGGGAAAGAAGUCUCUGCUUGUGAUGGGGAUCGCCUGGAGUUGGAAGAUCCUAUCCAGAGUGAAUUCAUAGUGGAUGACAAGGAGGCACGUGCUGGCGAUAAUGCUGUUGUAUUGGAGGAAGAAGAUAAGCAACUAACUGCUGUUGCAGAAGAACACAAAAUUAAGAAAGAGUAUGAGAUUUUUGUAGGCGGUCUGGAUAUGGAUACUACUGAAGAAAAUGUGAAGAAGGCUUUUGAAUAUGUUGGUCCAGUAGUUGAAGUUCGAAUGCACAAAGAUUUUUCAACAGACAAGAGUAGAGGGUAUGCAUUUGUGAGGUUUUCCAACAAGGAGCAUGUUAAGCGAGCUUUGUCAGAAAUGAAAAAUCCUGUGAUUUGUGGAAAGAGAUGUGGCACAGCUCCAAGGGAGGGCAAUGACACAUUGUUCCUCGGCAAUAUAUGCAACACAUGGACAAAAGAAGCUAUAAGGCGAAAGUUGAAGGAAUAUGGUGUAGAAGGCGUUGAAAGCAUCAAUCUUGUUUCUGAUGUUCAACACGAAGGAAGAAGUCGUGGGUUUUCAUUUCUCGAGUUUUCUUGCCGUGCUGAUGCCAUGCUGGCAUACAAAAGGCUCCAGAAGCCUGAUGUUGUUUUUGGUCAUCCUGAGAGAACUGCAAAGGUAGCUUUUGCAGAACCCAUAAGUGAGCCUGACCCUCAAAUAAUGGCGGAGGUGAAGACAGUAUUUCUUGAUGGCCUUCCUUUACACUGGGAUGAAGACCAUGUGAGAGAACGUCUUAAAGGAUAUGGGGAAAUCACACGAAUAGCACUGGCAAGGAAUAUGCCCACUGCCAAGAGAAAGGAUUUUGGAUUCGUUGAUUUCUCCACUCACGAUGCUGCCAUUGCCUGUAUUAAGGGAGUAAAUGAUGCAGAAAGCAGUGGUGGAAACACACAGACAAAAGUAAGAGCAAGGCUUUCCAAUCCUGCGCCUAAGACUCAAGCUGUAAAGGGAGGGAUGCGUGGUGGUUUUCUAAUUGGUCACACCGGCCGUGUCGAUACUGCAAACUUUCAGAGAUCUGGCCGGGAAGGAAAUCAGUUUAACUUGACAAAUCAGCGAGGAGGAAAUCAGUUUAACUUGACAAAUCAGCGAGGUAGGGGAUUCUAUCAACGGGGACGUGGCCAAACUUAUAGAGUGGGUCCUGAGGAUUAUGGAUUUAACAACAGAUACGAUCCAUUUCAUGGAAGGCAAACUGCUGAACGAGGCAGGGGAAGGGGUCCUAUAAGAGGUGGUUAUCAAGCGGCUGGUGGAGGUGUUCCGUUUCCUGGCCCACCUAGACCCAUUGUAAAUAGAACUUGGCAUGAUGUUAAUGAGGGAGGACCAAGUGAUCAGGUUCAUUUUAGGAGGCUACCAUUUGCUGAAGAAGCUUUUGAUGGACCUUAUGGAGGAAGGCGCUAUGACGACCCUUACCUGUACCAUGAUGGUAUGCAUGGGACGAAGCGGCCAUUUUACAUGACUGAUCCUGAACCUGAUUAUGCGGAAUCUAGUCGAUACCGCCCUCGAUUUGAUUAUCCUGAUCCAGCUGUCGCGUACCGUGGAACACACUAUCGUGAUAACUAUCCAGUUGGAGGAGAUCCAUACCCACAUGAUUACAAUGGCUCUGAUUUCCGACCACAUCCUCCUUAUUAUGGCCGUGGACGGGGAUAUGGGGGUGACUAUUACCGUUAGCCCCAUAAUAACCAUAUGGUAACUCCUAUUGUGCGAAGCUUUUGACUUUCAUAAGUCAUGUUUGAAGAUGAUAUCUCCCAGUUCCUGACUACAGUCAUGGGUAGUUUGGCUUGGGAAUGCACAAUGCCAUUUGUUGGUAAUUGGCAAAUGGCUUCAUAUCGACAAGCAAUUAGCUGAAGCUGCUUGUUUUUUUACCUCCGAUUACCUUAUUUGACUCCAAGCUUAUAUGUAUUUCCGUCUUUGCUCGUUUAGCUUAGGCAAUAUCUAUGAAGUACAUAGCCUAAGAAGAAUUCUUUAUUUUGGAGAGUAGUAGUUUGGAGUGCUUGGCACUAGGCUUUGGGGAUGAGAGUUGGAUAACAGCUAUUUGAACUCCUCUUAUGUCAGAGAUCUCUUCCUCGUGGGUUUUUUAUUUAUGCUUAUGGAUAUGAUCGAUCCUCUUGAAGCCAAAGUGAAAAGUUGGAAAAUCUAUCUCGUAGAUGCGAAGUUUGAAAUGAAGGCUAUUGUUAUCGUGGAGGUUUAGGGAUUGAUGUUCGGGUAAUGGAAAUUCAAUGUUUCUGGAUAAGAGUUUCAAGAGAAUGGGGGUUAUACUAGUCUUUUACCCGGUUGAAGAGAUCUUUUCAAGUUGGUUAUCGUUAUCACCCUGUGCCGUACCUUGUUACGCAGAUGGGUUCAUAUGUAUUAUUUGACUUCUCUGUCUGGACAGUAUCUGGCCAUUGAUGUAUUUGUAUUUCAGUGCCAAGCUGAACUUUUAGGGCGAGCUUUUCAUCAUUGCGUGCAAUGUCCCUACAAGUAGGCUUUGGUUUUUUAUUCUGGAGAAGCAGACGUUGUUCUAGGUGGUUUGUGGUCAGUCAUAGUAUUGGUACAGUUUUAAGAUAUGAGAUUGAUAUUUAACAGCUAUGAUUUCCCUUGGUUCUACAUGAAACACCAUUGUGACCUACGCUGUUGGUUUAUUAGCUAUAGGAUUAGAUAAAUGCAUUCAGUAACUUCAUCUAUGAUCUAGGCGAGGUGAGAUCUGGGUGUAAGCCGAGGUACUUGAUCUAAUUCUGAGCUAGUCAAAUCUCUCUGUAGUUGUUAGGCGAUUUCUUGCGUUUAAUAGACAAGUUUACAGGUAUCAGAGUCUUAGUUACUGUUGGACACUGAGCUUUUGGUGCAAGGAUAAUAAUUACGGAUCGAAUUAGCAUCAAUUUAACUGUCUCGCUGUUGAAGGAAGAGCUAGGUUUCUUUGAUCGCAUGCAUGUUUUAAGUCCAUCCUUAUCCCUGUGAGGUGUGAAGAUCGUCUCAUUUGCAUUUAGUAGUAAACUUGCAGUUACUUCUGUAGAGCAUUGCAUGGUUCAUUCAGUUCCCGUUCGGUAAUAGAACCUUUCCUUGGCUGCAAAGACAAUACUCUGACAUGUUUUGCUUUUGGGAUCUUGUUUUCCUUUGCGCUUUACUUGUCUUGACUCUCUUCUCCUUUCUUCCGGUGUACUACAUUCUUAAUAAUAAGUACAAUCUGAUGUUGUUCGUCGUGCCUACAUUUACAUUUUCAGUAUCAAUCUGAGUUCUGAUAUGUUAAUGUGAUCACCUCUCCUCCUGUGUUUCUUUUUGUGUCGCCGGUUGUUGGGAUUUCACAUCUCUUAUUUGUUUUUAGCAGAGUCUAUUAGAAUUACAACUUGUUUAAUGGAGUAGGAUAAUGUCACACUGAUGUCAGUAAGUAAGAUCAUGGUCGGACUAUGGGUAAGACCACUGGUAUAUUUCUGAUACUAUGAUAAGUAUUCCAAGAAAUAAUCCUCGUGCAUAUGAAUCGAGGCCAUCUACUGCUUCACUAUCAUUAGUUCAUUACCAUACUGCUUCCCAGGAAGCCUUUUGUGGUCUGGACAACCAUGCACCAAAUAUUGAUACUCGAGGGAGGAGGCAAUCAAGUCGAGGCGGAACAACCUUCUCGGGAGAAGAUGAGGUAGGAUGUAAUGAAGUAGGAUUUGCCCUAUCGCCAUAUUUGCUCUCAGGGUUGAAUGUCAUUUGGAGGUAGAAAUUUUAUCUUCUGCGUACAGAAAUGGAUAUGGAGGAAUCCAGAUUUAUAAGUCUGUUGGGUGGGUCCAUGUAUGUUGCUUCAGCUUGAAUACACCUGCACUGCAUGAAUCAGGAAACGGCUUGCACAUCAUAAUGUACUUUGUGUGAGAUGCAGUAAAUGUCUAUGAAUGUACAAAGUAUUGAAAUAGAAUGAAUUGGGUCAAAUUAUAGUCAUAUGUGAG